UAAUAUUAUUAAACUAGUUUUGUUUAAGAAUUCGUGAUGACCAUAUCGUGGUAGUUAAUAGAUAACCUUCGAAUCGCACACGUCUUACAAAAAAAGGUUGUUAUUAAAGAAAAUACAUAAUUGUUUCAAUAAUAAUUAGCAAUGUCAAAUCUAAAUAAUUGUAUACAAUUCUUCAUUGUAUUAUGUUUGAUCUUCAUAAACAACUAUUGCAAUGCGAGGCCAAAUAAUUCUAGACUAUCUAAUCAGCACUUAGGUCUGUCUACAAGUACACCGUGGCCGGAGCUUGGUCAAAGGAGGCCAUACAAAGCAAACGAGCUGCCGAAGAGUAACCCUGUACCAAUUCCGCCGCCGACAUGGGUGAAACCAGCAAAUAAUACUGGAACCAAUGCUGGCAAUGGGCCUCCAAACUAUUCAGCUUCAACGCAGCCUAAACGAGACUACAUUUCCAGCCCAAAACCGCAUUUAGUUGGUCCGAAUCCAACAACAUCCAAAAACACAACGCCGAUACUUCCUAUGCAACCUAAACGCGAUUUUGUCUCUAGUCCACGAACAAAUAUCGUGUCGCCAACACCCGUGACUCCCAAAUCUCCCACGCAAGUAAAACCGACGGAACCAAAGAGAAAUUUCAUCAAUCCUAAGUAUACCACCGCAAAACCAAUCAAAUCCGCGAUACAGGACUUCUUCGCUAAUGAAGCCAGGCUAUAAUUAUAUUUAAUUAACGUCAUAAAAUCUAUCGAUUUAAAAUAAAAUUAUAUUUCUUUCAAAUAAAAUAAUAUAAAUAUAAAAGAUUGCAAAUGUAACAUCAUUCCUUCUUAUUCCUUCUUCAAUAAAGCA